AUGGGAAAGAAGCAGAAAGAAGUAAAGGAGAGGGAAUCAUUAAUGCUAAGGAAUGGAAGCAUGCUACUGGAAGAGCUGAUAUCAUUUUGCAAUGGUAAAUGCAAUCCAAUCCGAAGCUUCUCUGCCAAACAACUCCUGGAAGCCACAAACAAUUUCCAGUCACCUCUAUAUAAGGUUAACGAUCGAUGGUACAGGGCCUCUCUAAACAACCACUCAGUUUUGAUCAAGAUACACGGACCUCCCACUUUUGCUGAAAGAACAUGCCAAGACAUAGCCAUAACCUCGCAAAUGAGCAAUCACGGUCGGGUUCUGAAACUACUAGGUUGCUGCUUGGAGUUUCCUACUCCUGCAAUGGUUUACGAAGAUGCAGAGUAUGGACCUCUCAACAGCUGUGGAGGAGUUGUUCCUGAUGAUGAUAGUUGUGACGAUGAUGGUACCAUUAAUGGGUCAUCACUUUCUUGGAAUACAAGAUUGAAAACUGCAAAGGACAUUGCCAAUGCACUCACCUAUCUCCACACUGCAUUUUCCAGGCCUAUUGUUCAUUGCAAUGUCAAUCCUUCAAAAGUCUUCUUAACCAAUAAUUUGGUGGCAAAACUCUCGGAUUUCUCUCUCUCUGUAUCCAUUCCUGAGGGUAAGAAAGGAGUCCAUUUAGAUGAUUUAUGGGGGACUCCUGGUUUCACUGACCCUGAGUUGCUUUCUACAUCAUUUGUCACGGAGAAAAGUGAUGUAUAUAGCUUUGGAGUGUUUCUUCUUGUUCUCCUAACAGGAAAAGCGGCUAUAGAUCGUCACAAACUGUAUUUGAAUUUGACAGAGUUUGUUAAAGAAAAUCCAUGGGAUGAAAUAGUGGAUCCUAAAGUAUUGGAAGAGGAAGCUGCAGGAAUUAAUGAAGAGCGGAAAUUGAAAUUGCAUUUGGAAGUUCAAGCUUUUCUGAAUCUGGCAAAAAGAUGUACUCAAAUCAAGGGAGAAGAUAGGCCGGUAAUGAUCGAUGUGGCAAAAGAACUUGCUCAGAUCCAGAUAUCUACUGCUGCAUAG